CGGCUUUUCUAGCGUUCACGCAGACGUAGACAAAGUUAAACAUGAGUUUCAAGAGACUCUAGAAAUAAUGAAGUCCAAGGUUUCCUACUUGGAAACCUCAUUAACGUCGGCUUGGGAGGAAAUAGAAAUCCUGAAACAAGCACAGGAGGAACAAGAUAAGAAAUGCAUGGCGAUGGAAGAGCAACUGAAUGAGGAACGCGGAAAAAGAAUACGCCUUGAUGCUUAUUCGCGAAGGGAAAACUUGAAUUUCAAAGGUAUACCAGAAAAAGAAGGAGAAAGCUGUGAGAACAUUAUAAGAGACUUGCUGCAUGAGCUCGGCUUCUCGAAUCCUCAAAAUAUAGGCUUUCAUGCUGUCCAUCGCCUAGGCAAACCAAGAGAUGGCGGAAAACCUAGACCUAUCAUUGCUCGUGUUAUUUCAAGACAAGACAGGGAUCUUGAUUUUAGGAAGAAACGCAAGUUGGUCGGGUCUACUCGUUACCCUGGCGUUUACAUUACUGAUGAUUUUCAGCGGGAAAUUCAAAGAGAAAGGAUUAUUCUAAUUAAAGCAAUGGAGAAAGCAAAAGCAAUGGGCAAGCAAGCCAAGUGCUCGGGCGCUCACUACAUGUUGACGGCAACACAUACCAGGUUGCGUCGGUACCUGAGAUAUACAGGGAAGUGUAAGAAUCGUAGAAAAAAUAUUGCUCAUUCUUGUGUCAUUGUCGCAAGCUUCCCCCUUAUUAGGACUACGAACUUGAUUGACUCUUGUUUGCGCCCAGUUAUGAAUACAUGAUAAAGGAUAUAUGUCUAAUAACAACAAGUAAUUUUAUAGUUAUUGUUAAUAAUCCAGGCAGCUCCCUAUCAUACAAUGAUUUCAGUAAUUGUGAAUGUUUCUAAGUAUAUAAAUCAUAGGGAGUCUUGCUGAGAGGUAACAGAAUGGAUAAUAUUUCUCUGAACUAGUUUGCAAUCUGAAUAACUAUUACCAUAACAGAUAAUUUACGGAC